AUGCCGGGCACCCCGAAGGCAGCUGCGGAGCCCCGGGGCCACCAUCGCGCCCUGUGCGCGGCACUGCGGCUGCUCUUGGCCAUCUGGAUGCUGGCGGGCGGGCAGCAGGCAGCAGUGGCGGGUGCAGCACCCGCCAGCGACGGCGGCGGCAUCGGCGACGGUCCCGCGAGCGAUGCGGCGGCCCUGCUGAGCCUGAAGGCAGUGCUGCCUGGGUGGCAUGCUGAGAUGGCUCGCAACAACAUCACCCUGAAGGGCUGGGCGGAGCAGGGGCAGCCGGACUCGGCCUGCGGCUGGACCUUCACCCAGUGUGACCCAGAGACUGGCCGCAUCACUUCGCUGCGCAUCAGUUUCAACACCCUCCGGGGCCGCGCCAACUGCAGCGGCUACCCGCCGGAGCCAGGUGCCUGCGCCUUCCACCUGCCCGCCCUGCUGGUGGCCCUGACUCCAGCGCUGCAGGCGCUGACCCGCCUGGACCACCUGACGCUGCCGGGGCUGGGCCUCAGGGGCACCCUGCCCCCGAAUGGGCAGCAGAGGGCGGCCUGCUGGGGCGAAUGGCUGGCUGCGCGCACGGCGGCCACCAGCGGGGGCCCUCGGCACCAGCAGGCGGCGGCGGCGCGUUGCCUGCCGCUGGAAACCCUCGUGCUGAGCUACAACCGGCUGUCGGGCAGGCUGCCCCCCGGCCUCUUGGCCCCGAGCGCCUUCUGCGCCCUGCAAGUCCUGUACCUGGACAGCAAUGCGCUGCACGGCCCGCUGCCGCCAGAGUGGCUGCUGGAGCACAUCGAUGCUGAGACGGGUCUCGCCAGAAGCCUCACAACCCUCGACCUUCGCAACAACCCAAUCGGCGGCCGUCUGCCAGAGCCGCCGCCACACGUGCUGGCGGCCGCGGCAUCGGAGAUGGCUGCAGCCCAAGCUGCAGCUGAUGCCGGCAGCGUGGACGGCGCCCAGCAGCUGCAGCUACAGCCCCCUUACCACAACACCCUGGAGCUGGUACCAGGCAACGAGGGCCUCUGCCUGGCCCCGCCGUCGGCUCCCCAGCAGCAGCAGGCCGGCGAGCUGCAGGCAGGAGAGUCUGGGACCCCAGACUCCACAUGGCUGAGAGCUAGCAUCCGGGCCCUCUGCUGCCUCCCUUACCAGGGAUGGUGCGCCGAGCAUGCACAGCAAUGGCAGCGGCAGGUGAAGGGCAGCGGCGGCAGCGGCAAUGGCGCCUCCUCCGUCUCCGGCACCAGCGACAGCGACAGCGACAGCGACAGCGACAGCGACAGCGACAGCGACAGCGCCCCCUCUGCCUUCAGCUUCAAAUCAGGCACCCUGGAAGGAGGCGCCCUGCUGUUGCUGGAUGCGGUAGAGGAUGAGCUGGCGGCUGAUGUGGCAUGGCAAGCAGCGCAGCAGGCAGCAGAGGCAGCACCAGACGCCGAGGCAGCGGCGCUGCUGGGCGCCAGGCGCCAGAGCGCGGGCAUCCCGCGGCGGCGCCGGCGGCGGCGGCUGCCAGGCUGGCUGGUGGAGACCUCCGCCGCUUCUCCCGACUCUUCCACCUUGGCUAGGGCCGGCAGCGGCAGCGGUUAUGGCAGCAGCGCGGCGCAGCAGAGCCAGAGCCUGCUUGGGCUGGAACUGGCCUCGCUGCCCGGCCACGCAGCGGUGGCUGGCACCGCGGCAGGCAGGCUCGAUGGCAGCGGUGGUGGUGCGGCCCCUACCCCCAGCGGCUCUUGGUGGCUGCACAGCACCAGCCUGCGCCUGCAGCGCCGCGACAUCGAGCUGUGCACCGACGACAACGGCGGGCUGGUGCUGCUGGGCAAGGGGGCGGCGGCAGAGGUGUAUGCCGGCCAGCUGCACGGGACGCUCCCGGUGGCAGUCAAAGUCCUGCGCUGGAUGCCAGGAGCUGCCUCCGGCAGACCACACAGCAGCAGCAGAUUGUCUGCCGGCUGGCAGCCGCAGCCGCAGCCCGCGGGUGCUCGAGGCCAGCAGGCCGCGCUGCCACUGCAUGCCCAGUUCUGGCGCGAGGCUGCCGUGCUGCGGCGCUGCUGCCACGCCAACAUUGUGGCGCUGCUGGGGGUGUACAGCGGCAGAGGCGGUGGCGGAUCCACAGGCAACCCACCGCCGCAGCAGCAGCAUGAGAAGCAGGAGUCUGGGGACGAGGAGGCGGGUGCGGCAGCGGGCAUGGGCGAGGAAGGGGCUAGCCUGGGUGACCAGCUGACGGGGCGACCCCGCCUGCUGCUGGUGGUGAUGGAGCUGCUUCUGGGCGGCUUCCUGCUGGACCACCUCAAGGAUCCGGACAUGAGAUGUUACCGCCGCGGCUGGCGCGUGGCGCUGGAUGUGGCUCAGGCGCUGGCCUUCCUGCACGAUGGUGUGGGUGUGGUGCACUUUGACGUCAAGUCGGCGAAUGUGCUGCUAAGCUCCAGCGGGGGCUGCGCCAAGCUGGCAGAUGUGGGCCUGGCGCGCAUGCUGGAAGAAGGGUCGCUGCGCCCGGGCGGCGGCACGCCCGUCUAUGCCGCACCCGAGCAACUGCUGGGGGUGCCCUGCGGCCCGGCGGCAGACAUUUUUGCGUUCGGAUGGCUGCUCCAGGAGGUCGUGACAGGGCGGCCGGAGCCGGAGCUGCGCCCCACCUCCUCGCAGCUGGUGCAGCAGAUCCAGCUGAGCCUGCAGCAGCCAGCCCCGCAGCGAGAAGAGGAGGCGGCAGUGCCAGAGGAGCGGGAUGUGGAGCAGCAGUGGCUGGUGCAGCCGCCACGGAAAUCUUGA